UAACAAAGACAAAAAAAUUGUACAAAGAACAAAAAAUUUUGACAAGUCUGAUACGUGAAGAUCGCCUGAGGCGUCAUGAGACUCGAGCGAUCUUCACGAAUCUAACGGCUGAGCCUGGACUAAUAAAUAAGUAAGUAAAAGCAACACUGUUUUUAAAAUUCAUGAACAUGUCUUGUCUUCAUUCUUUAAAGUAGGAUUUAUAAAUUAAUAACCAUUUAGAAAAAAAAAAGGAGUUUUGACAAAUACAUUUCUCAAAAUGAAACCAGAUCAUGAUGAAAUCCACAGUUGUUCAUUUCCAUGAAAAAUUGAUCCAAGCCAAACAUUCAUGGAGAAAUCAAGUCAAGAAAUAAAAAAAAAAAAUACACAAAUAGAAACCUGUAAAGCAAACGGGAAAAAAAGAAAUGUUGCAUGUGAUAACCUUGAAAUCUUGAAAAUUGUCAUCAACUUGAACCAGCGUGAUUUUCACAAAACCAUUCUGUUCAGGUGUCUUGAUAGCCUGCUGGUUAGAAUAGUAAAAUAGAGAAAUAGACAUGUCACUCGCACCACAUUCCACAACCAAUCACGUAAGAGUAACAACUGGUGGCAAUACCUGAUGUUCGUUUUGCAUCGCUCACAAAACUUCAUAACUUUGGACAAAUUCUGCGGCUAAGCAGAAAGUGAUAAGAAACCUCAAGGCUUUUUAUCUCAUCAGUGAGGUAAACUGCAUGCAAAAUGAGGGUAGAUUGCAUAAAUACUUCGCCCACUUCACAAGCAGCUUUCGUCUGCGAACAUUUUCCGUCGAUCUCAUGUAAGCCAGUUCAAGUCCCUGAAGAGAAGCGGGGAGGAAAUGAAGAAAAAUUCAAAGCCUUUGUUUUACCACUUCACAAGCGCUUCAGAGGUUUAAAUCUGGUAAUGGCCAUUGCAGUUGCUACUGUAAUUUACCAGCUGGAGUGUACAGUAACAUGCCUUCUGUUCUGUCUCGUAAUUCCAUUUUUGCUGGUCGGAUUAGCGAUUUUAAAAUUAGCAAAAUACAUCGUGGAAGGUUACAUCGCUUUCAAAUGGAAUUGCAUCCCUUUUCGCGAAGAUGACGCCGUUUGGCAGCAAGACCGCGAGACAAACCGUCAUAUCAUCAACGCACUCAUGAUCGUUGAAGGUUUGCCGGACAUCGAGAAACUCCGCCGAAUUAUUUACGAACGGCUCGUUUACGGAAAAGAUGAAAAGGGUGAACGAAUUUGCCCACGGCUAACGCAAGUUAUACAAAAACAUUUCGGAUAUUUCGUUUGGAAGGAAGAUGAGAAUUUCAAAAUGGAAAAUCAGGUUUUGAAUUGGAAAGGAGAUAAUCCAAAGUCUACGCAAGAUCUGGAAGAAGUUGUAUCUGAACUCUGUUCGAGUUCUUUACCUCAAAACCUGUCUCCCUGGCAAUUUAUUGUAGUGCCGAUAGAAGAGGAAGAUAGCUUUGGCCUGUUACUUCGUGUUCAUCACAGUGUUGCUGAUGGAGUUGCUUUGACGAGAGUGUUUGUGAAAAAUCUUUACGAUGUACCACCACAAGAAACUGAACCAAAGAAGUUCUCCACGAAACAAAGAUUUUACAUGUGGUGUAAAGCUAUCCUGGUUGGUCCACUGACGGUACUCAUGAAGUUUUUUUCCAGAGCAGAUCACUCUUGUAUUCACGGCCAGGACCUUUCCGGUAAGAAAUUUGUUGCUUGGUCCAAGAACAUGGACUUGUCGCUGGUCAAACGAGUCAAAACUGUGGCUGGUACUACCGUAAAUGACGUCAUGGUAUCUUGUUUGGCAGGGGCUUUGAAUGAUUACCUUCACAGUCAACCUAAGAGUGAUUCGGUAAAACUUGACGAUAUGUGGGCUUCAGUGCCGGUAGACAUUCGGGCAUCAUCACAAUCAGUCAAGCUCAAGAAUAAAUUUGCACUGGUGUUUCUACGGCUCCCGAUCGUGGCCAAAAACGCAUUGGACAGACUCCUUGCGACCAAACAACGCAUGGAUAUUAUCAAGGCAUCUGCCGAACCUCUGGUGACAGCGACAACAGUACAGAUGUUAAUGAUGUUGCCUGAAUGUGUCUCCAAGCCUCUCAUAGAUUUCUUUUCCAGGAAGAUGUCGUGUGUCCUAAGCAAUGUACCCGGACCUCAGCACACUUUACACCUGGGAGGUCAGAAAAUUACUCAGGGAAUUUUCUGGGUCCCCAUGAGAGCAAAUAUUGGCGUGGGGUUGUCAAUAUUUAGCUACAACGGCGGAAUUCGUGUCGGGGUUUAUGCAGAUGAAUGUGUCAUUUCAGAUCCCAGAGAAGUAGUACAGGGAUUUGAGAAAAAUUUUUGUAAAUUAGUGAAUGAGUUAAAUAUAAAUGACAACAACGAACCAUAGUUAAUGACGAAGAUCAAAAAUAACACAACCGAGGGUUAAUUCAACUAUUCAGUGUUUAUUUGACAGAAAAGACAAAUUGAAAUCAAGUGAAAUGGCUUGAAUUACAAUAUUAGUAUCAUUAGAGUUAAGCUCAGUUCUGAGUGAAGCUCGAGGAGUUUAAUUGAAAGCUGAUUAGCUUUAAACUUGACUUGAAAAACAUGACAAAAAAGGGUCGACAUAAAUUUAAAGAGUGGGUUAAUUAUAUUGCAUGGAUACUAUUUGUGAAAACAAAACUAGCUAAGUCCCCAUCAAAGAAAAUUUAAUGAUUUUAAAAUUUAUCGGUAUAGGGUUGUAUAGUAGCAGUUAAGAAAAUAAGGUUUAAUUUGAUCAGACUCUGAUCCAGUAGAAAGUAUAAUGCAGUAAAUGGCUUGAAACCUAAUGAUAAAAGAGUUGUCCUGUUAACAAUACUGAUAAUAUUAACAUGGCACCUACACUAUUUCCUUUAUGAAAUAAAGGAAUCUACUGGAACUUUUACUAUGUCUGUAUGUGUGAAUUCACACAGGAACAAAGUUUGUAGAUUACUACAUUGUGACUUCAUUUGAAGGACAUUAUUCCUUUAAAAAAAAUGAUCUGUUCGUAUAGGUAAUCACAUGAUUUCGAGUGCAAUUUGGAAUAAAUAAGC